UGACACAGCACUUUUAACCAACUACCAUUGAGCUAGAUGUUCAGGUUCUAGGCAACCCUGACAUGCAGCAGAAGCCAGCUGUGAAGGCCUUUGACAGUCCGACGUGCAGCCGGAGCUGUGCCAAGGUUAAUGACCAACGCUGUGUUGAACUGAAAGAAAAGCGUAUUUGUUGUCAACAUGGCAAAAGGACGUCAGGAGCGUUUGUCUGCAUAUACUCGAUGCCGUGUAUGAGCUGGCGCAAGGAACCAUUCCGACGCGUUGGGCAACAAGACGCUUUACCAUAUGAUGGACCCCGAAAGGAUGCGUCACACGGGUGACUUGGUAACUGGUGUCAUGCCCGAAAUGCGCCUUGGAACCUGGGAGCCGGGGGACUGCAACGUCAGAUUCUAAACCCAACCAAUAUGGCAAAACCACGCGGAUGCAUGGCCAGCCAGGCGGGCGGAACGUGUCUGCGGAACAGGUUGGAACGAAUCCUUCUUCAUCUCCUGCGUUCAACAAGCCGUCAACUAGACCGCCGCCAACUCCUCUCCCUCCGCCUCCUCCACUUCCGCCCAGCCUCCUCGUUCUCCUUUGCGGCCCUACCCUCGCCCAUCGCCGCCUUCCUCCUCCCGUCGCCGCGUUCGCUGUCAGCUUUAUCUCCGCCUCCUUUCUUCGCGCCACCUCCGCCUUUGCGUAUUGUCGUAUGCAGUCUGAGCGGUAUCCCGACAUUCGCUGUUACACGUAAGUUGGGGUUAAAGAAGAAUAUCCAAAGUUGGGGGUGGGGGGCUGCCUCAUUCUCGUGGGGUCGUGUGGUUUGUGUACGCUGUGGUGUUGCUGUUGUUUGCCGCACACCAUCUCCGACCCCAUCCGCUGCAACAGUUUCACCAGCAGUGACCAGCAUUAGCCCCGCUAGGCGGCUGCGGUUGGCCUUGUGCUGCUUGGCCUCAAUGGCACUGUCUUUGGAGGCUUGUACCUCUUGCAGCCGUCCUUGUUGUAUUGAAGCGUCCUGCAUUCGGCACCUUCUCACCAUCACCCCUUUCCCUUUCUGCCUCCCCCUUUGCAUGCCAUGGGUUGAGCCCUCCGCCGCAUCCGCCACAGCUUUCGUGGCGUACUUGCGACAUCAGAUGGCAGGACGGCAUAUCACCUUCCUUCAAUGAGCGCCAAGCCAAAGCCGCCUCCGCUACCUCUACCCUUCCUCGCGUUUCCACCGGCCCCUCCCAGCCCCCUCCUCCGCCGCCUAGCCCUCCGCAUCAGCCAUCCUUCACGGCCGUCACAUGUAGGUUGAUUGGUGGCGCAGUUGUCGCUCUGCAUGUUUGGGCUGAUUCGGGGACCGGUCGUGUAUGCAUUCCAUGCGAGUAGGUAGCGAUACUGGUAUUGGGCGCGCCCGUGUGGUGCCUGGCUACGCUGUCUGGUUGGCGGUGGAUGGCUUGGGGUGGAGCAGUGGUGUGGGGGUGGAGCAGUGGUGUGGGG